GGGUAAUUGUAAAAACGCGGUUAGUGAGAUCAAAUUUCAUAAAUGUACAAAUAUGUAAAACAUGUUUGGGUGAAAUUGAAUAAUUAAACUCGGUAGUUGUACUUUGUUCUGAAAUAUUACUUUAUUUUGAUAUUAUUCUUUAGAUUGUACGAAAAGAUAUAGUAAUUCCAAACAAUUUAACAACAAAUAUUAACAGCACACAGUUGAUACGUGACGGAACAGAGUGAUUAAAGUAAUUGACGUGUGCAGCGUACGAAAGCAAUACGAAACAGGCACGCGAUGCGAAAGUAAAAUUCAAGCUGAGAAGCAAGGAUUUCUUAUUUUAUCACAGUGAGAAAAUUAAAUGAACAAUAGUCUGAUCGUAUCGUUAUGGGUUAAUCGUAGAGAAUCCUUUCAGCGAGUUAACCUUCUUCGUAUCGAGUAAUCUUUGCAUAUACACAUUUGCUAUUUGUCAGUGUUUCAAGAUGGCGGAUCUAAACGAGAAAUUGUUAGCAGAACUCCUGAAAAAGCCUGGGAAUAAUUUAUGUGCGGAUUGUGGGACAAAAAAUCCAGAAUGGGCUUCUUAUAACAUAGGGAUAUUUGUGUGCACAAGGUGCGCGGGUAUACAUAGAUCAAUGGGUGCACAUAUUUCUAAAGUUAAACAUUUAAAGCUGGACAGGUGGGAGGAUUCUCAAGUAAACAGAAUCAGAGAAGUGGGUAAUAUCGCAGCUAGGCUUCAUUACGAAGAACGUGUACCUCCAUGUUAUCGCAGACCAAACCCAGAUGCGCCACAAGUACUGGUAGAGCAGUGGAUAAGAGCGAAAUAUGAAAGGGAAGAGUUUUGUCAUCCAGAAAGGCAAAAUCAUUAUGUUUCAGGAUUCAUGGAAGGAUUUUUGAUGAAACGUGGCAAAGAAGAUUCGCGAUAUCACCCUAGAAAAUUUGUUCUUUGCGAGGCAGAAGAUACUCUCAAGUAUCACGUUAAAGAAAAUAAGGAACCCAAAGCUGUCCUUAGAAUAUCUGAAUUAAACGUGGCUUUUGCUCCUCCCAAAACUUGUAACCAAAACAGUCUACAAAUUUCUUUUAUGAAAGAUGGUACCACAAGACAUAUCUACGUAUAUCACGAGGAUCCAGAAGUAAUCACAAAUUGGUAUUUGGCAAUACGAUGUGCCAAGCUACAUCGUUUGCAAGUUGCAUAUCCAGGAGCAACAGAGGCGGAAUUACUUUCACAAUUAACCAGAGAUUUUCCACGCGAAGGAUUUUUAUGGAAAACUGGACCUAGGUAUACGGAUGCGUACAAGAAAAGAUGGUUUACGUUAGAUGGACGAAAAUUGAUGUAUCACGACGAUCCUAUGGAUGCACAUCCAAAAGGUGAAAUUUUCUUGGGUCAUAGUUCAGAUGGUUUUGCAGUAAAACCAGGAGUGCCUCCAGGUGCGAGAGAUCAGGGAUUUUCAUUUACUCUUGAAACGCCAGAUAGGACUUAUCUUCUUUCUGCUCAAAGCGACGAUGAUAGAUCACAAUGGAUGAACGUAAUUCAAAAAGUGAUAGAUAAACCGCUCACUCCGCAAGAUGCAACUGUGGCAGCACGUCUUAUAAGAAAACGCACAGCAAGUGGAACAAUGAAUAUAUUUUCUUCUACAAGGUAGGGCUGGAUCCCUCUUAGGUGCCUUUCCUAAUUGUUAAAAGUGAAUAUUAGACGAACCAAUCAAGUUGUUCUAUCAAGACUGUUAAGGAAGUAGGUCGAUCGAUCCGAAUAGAUAAUGUUUUGUAAUCGCACAAUGCUAUCGAAUCCCGUACACAUAUUUAUUCAUAAAAACACACGUUAUAUCUUAUACAUAUAAUAGCGUUAUAAAAAAAAUAUCUUUCAAGUAAACACAAAAUAAUUUUUAAUAUUCUCGUAUUGUCAUUGCUAAUAGAUUUAGAAAGUUUAAUACGGUCAAAUAACAUCCAAAUGAACCAAAUAUAUCGGACGAAUGGUUCUCUCCGACGAUAUAAUAUGGAAAUAAUAUAAAUAUAACAAAGUUCGUAUACUCUCUGAAGGUACUUUCAUCAUAAAAUGCUUCUUACUCGCUGUCGAACCAAGUUGACAGUAUUAUAUGCUACAUUAUGAACAAUUAUUACUUAAUAACAUUGCUAUUAACAACUUUUACUUGAUAAUAUUACUAUCCAAUAUUUAUUUCUCGAUUAACGAAGAAAUUACGAAAUUUCAACAGACGACAUAAUGUCGUUUUUAGAAAUUUAAAGUAAACAUUGUACAAUAAUGUAACGUGUGAAAAAAGUAAUGAAAGUGGAACACGAUGAAUAUUUGACUAUUUAAAUUCCGUUUAAUACUUGAAUUCAAUAUUAUUUGCAGUAUUUUUCUGUUCUGUGAUGGUUAUCAACUCGUUUAGAUUUCCAAAAUAAGCAUAAAGUCAUACAUAGUUUAAUGGAAAUAGUAUACUUGUACGGCCUAUCCUCUUAUGCAUUCUUUUAUACAAUACACAGUAAGAAUAAUAUAAGCUAAGUCAAUCAAAUUCUACAUACAUAAUAAUACAUAUAUACAUAUUGUGUUGCUGAUAUAUAUAUAUAUAUUAUAUAU